AUGCAGGGGCAAGUCUGGCCCUUCGUGCUGUCUCCCAAAAAGUGUGGCCUUGCUCUCAAGCCCAGUUUGUUUUUUUUAAGAAGCUUCCACUCCUCACAUCGCCUGCAGGCUUCAAGGAAAGUGGGGAUGUCAGCCACGGAAACUGGAACUCCCCACGUCGCCUGCAGGCUUCAAGGACGGUGGAGAUGUCAGCCAGGGGAGGGUGAGGAGGGCCAGGCGGAGAGAUGCCAGCUGCACCCAAGAGUUUUCGCCUUUAUCCUCUCACACUACCUGCGGGGGACAAACGGCAUCAAGGCCCUGGGCCUCUGGGACAGUGAAACAGGCUUCAAGGAAAGUGGAGAUGUCAGCCGGGGGUGGGUGAGGAGGGCCAUGCAGAGAGAUGCCAGCUGCACCCAAGAAACUUCAAGUCCCCACAUCGCCUGCAAGCUUCAGGGAAAGUGGAGAUGUCAGCCGGGGGUGGGUGAGGAGGGCCAGGCGGAGAGAUGCCAGCUGCACCCAAGACCACAGCCCCCGUGCUGUCCUGCUUUGGAAUUCAUCGCCUGCCUGCGCCCUAGCGUCCUGCUCUGGAAUUCAUCACCUGCCCGCCGACAGCCACCCCAGGACACGCCUGCUUCAUCAUCCCUUGGCACCUCAGCCAAGACAACUCCAGCCCCUCCCCCAGCGUGUCCCCUGGAGCCUCCAGCUGUCUUUAACCUUCUCCACUGCCCCUUUUCCCUCCUCCCUCCCUUCCACCUCCCCCCCACAAGGGACACACACACACAUUUCCAGACUCCCGCACAUGAACUAUCACAACUUUGCCUGAAACUGUUGCAGUUGGAGCAGGAGUGUGAACUGCUGAGGAAUACUGACAGAUUAUCAGAGAGCGAAGUUGGCUCUUCUGUUCCCCAACUCGUCACAACAUCAGAUAACAACCUGGGUCAUCCUGCAGCAAGCGUUCUCAAGUUCCUGAAACAGCACUGUAUCUAUACUUGCCUGCUGAGUGACUUUGGCGAACACCAGGCCCCGAUGCCGAGCAGCAGUAAGCAGUCUCCCCGGGGACAGCGGAGCAGGCCACUGGUGGUGCCUGAACAGAGACCACAGACCCCUGCUGUCCUGCUCUGGAAUUCAUCGCCUGCCUGCCUCCCGGCAGCCACCCCUGGACACGCCUGCUUCAUUAUUCCUCGGCACCUCAACCAAGACAACUCCAGCCCCUCUCCCAGGGUGCCCCCUGGGGCCUCCAGCUGUCCCUAACCUUCUCCAGUGCCCCUUCUCCCUCCUCC